CCUGUCAAUAUUUUGCUUACAAGUUUUGAUAUGUACAACCCUACCAUCGUUCUUACCUAAUUAUCAGCCACUGCUUGUUAAACAAACUGUUACACUAUACUUAAUCAGCUAUUAGCAUUCAUAUAAAUACCUGACCUCUUCAUAUCCAUGCCUCAUCCACAUCCAACUCUACAACUAAAGUGGUUUUCCAGAAUAAAAUGGCUAGCUGGGACAGAAUGUUUCAAAGAUUAAGCUUCGUUUUCUUUGGCUUAAUUCUAGGCUCGGUCUUUUUUUCUGCUGAAGCUGCUACAAAGAAAUACCAGUUUGAUAUUCAAGUGAAGAAUGUGAGCAGAUUGUGUCAUGCAAAACCGAUUGUAACUGUAAAUGGGAGGUUUCCAGGGCCUACCAUAUAUGUGAGAGAAGGAGACAGAGUUCUUGUCAAUGUCACAAACCAUGCACAAUAUAACAUGUCAAUUCACUGGCAUGGAUUGAAGCAGUAUCGAAAUGGUUGGGCGGACGGACCAGCUUAUGUAACACAGUGUCCAAUUCAGACAGGAAGUAGCUAUACAUAUGGCUUCAACGUAACAGGACAAAGAGGAACACUGUGGUGGCAUGCACAUAUUCUUUGGCUAAGGGCAACAGUCCACGGUGCUAUUGUCAUUAUGCCCAAACAAGGAACCCCAUUUCCUUUCCCACAGCCAGAUAGAGAAACUGAAAUUCUGCUAGGAGAAUGGUGGCAUAUUGAUGUGGAGGAGGUUGAGAAGCAAGGAAACAAGAAUGGUUUGCCACCGAAUACAUCAGAUGCACACACGAUAAAUGGCAAGCCAGGACCGCUCUUUCCAUGCUCUGAGAAACAUACUUUUGCAAUGGAGGUUGAGCAGGGAAAGACAUACCUUCUGAGAAUCAUAAAUGCAGCCCUAAAUGAUGAACUUUUCUUCGGCAUCGCUGGCCACAACUUGACAGUUGUGGAAGUUGAUGCAGUUUACACAAAGCCAUUCACCACUCAAUCUAUACUGAUAGCACCUGGCCAGACCACAAACGUACUUCUCAAAGCCAAUCAAGUUCCUGGUAGAUACUUCAUGGCUGCUAGGCCUUUCUUGGAUGUUCCACUCUCAGUAGACAACAAAACAGCCACAGGUAUAGUCCAAUACAGAGGGAUCCCAAACACUGUUCUUCCAGUUUUACCCCAAUUGCCUAAUCCUAAUGACACGAAAUUUGCUUUAAGCUACAACAAGAAACUCAGAAGUUUGGACUCUCAACAGUUUCCUGCAAAUGUUCCUCUCAAAGUCGAUAGGAACCUCUUUUACACUGUUGGUUUUGGAAAAGAUCCUUGUCCAACUUGUGUUAAUGGAACACGACUUGUUGCUUCCUUGAACAAUAUCUCUUUUGAGAUGCCCAAAAUUGGUCUUCUUCAAGCUCAUUACUUCAACAUCAAAGGGGUUUAUAGGACUGAUUUUCCUGACCGGCCACAAACUACUUUCAACUAUACUGGUGCACCACUAACGGCCAAUCUUGGCACAUUGACUGGCACAAGGCUUAGCAAGCUUGCCUUUAAUUCAACAGUUGAGCUGGUUUUGCAGGAUACUAAUCUUCUGACUGUGGAGUCACAUCCUUUCCAUCUACAUGGAUAUAACUUCUUUGUGGUUGGAACGGGUAUUGGAAAUUUUGAUCCUGCCAAGGACCCUGCUAAAUACAAUUUGGUUGAUCCUAUUGAAAGAAAUACAGUUGGAGUUCCAACGGGUGGUUGGACUGCCAUUCGGUUUAGAGCUGAUAAUCCAGGCGUUUGGUUCAUGCAUUGUCAUUUGGAGCUGCACACUGGGUGGGGAUUGAAAACUGCAUUUGUUGUGGAAGAUGGAUCGGGGUCAGAUCAAACUGUUAUGCCUCCACCUAAGGAUCUUCCACCGUGUUAAUUGUCUAGAAGUCCCAAAAUUCAAGAUGUAAUUUGUGUAUAGCCAUUGUUGUUGAAAUACUGUCUCUCUAUACUUCCUGGUCAAGUCGCAGGAGUUUCUUGAGGAAACAAUAAGAAGAAGAAAACAAAUGCUUAAGGAAAGAAAAUGCUUGACAAUUUAUUUGAGUUUGAAAUUGUAAUAUAUUGCAUUUAAUGCACAAUAAAAUAAAAAAAAGUAGUUUUCUUUUCAAUA